AUGUGUCAAGGACAAGUGCGCAAGAAAGAGCCCGCAUUGCUCAAGAUGCGCCACGGACAAGAACGCAGAAAAGAGACUGGGCUUCUCAAAAUGCCCCAAGGACAAGAGCGCAGAAAAGAGCUCGGGCUACUGAAAAUGAGCCAAGGACGAGAGCGCAGAAAAGAGCCCGGGCUACUCAAGAUGCGCCAAGGUCAAGAGCGCAAAAAGGAGCUUGGACCACUUGAGUCCUACAAGUGUACACGGACUGAGGCUUUCUCGAAGGCUCACCAGGUCUAG